AUGCUGGAUCGUCUGAAAAAGUCAAUCCACGCUCGACUUCUCGCUGACAUCGAGGCGGAUGAACUUCUCAAUAUCCUGCCGUCCGGCCAACCAGCAAAGUACCUUGGUGUGUUGUUUGGCCAUCGCCUACCGGUCGAUUUCCAAGUUCAAAUCCUCCGUGACAAGUUCCUCGCUGCGUUUCCGAUGUGGGGUGGCCGCGCUCGGACAUUGCAAGGCCGCAAACUAUUGGUGUCUACCAUGCUCCUGUCCAUGCUAUGGCAUGUCACAACAGCAGUCCCAAUUCCCCAACACAUCGUGGACGAAAUCCAGUCGAUGACCAACAAGUUCAUCGUGGGAAGGAAGACCCUCCGAACCGACAAGUUCAGAGCUUUGCUCGAUCGGCCACUGCAACACGACAAGGCUAUGGGACUUGGUAUUCCUCACAUCGCAUCGAUCAUUCGGCAGCAGCGCCUUGUUCGACUUCAGCAACUUAUGGCGAAUCCUAGUGGCGACGGCACUCCAUCGUGGCGACCGCUGGUUCAUCGUCAGUUUGCUCGUGUCAUGGGCCAACUCUACCGCGACUCCUACCCGUUUGACUUUUUGUUCUAUUUUCCCAAUAUGAGCUCCAAGUGGAUUGCGCUACGAGAGCUGCAUCCAUUGUGGCGUGACGUGUGGAAGCAAUGGUCUGCCAUUCCCAUGUCCAAGCGAGUCGAGACACCCCCGACGUUCGACAUGGUAAUGAACAUGCCUUUGUGGUUGACGUCCUAUGAGCCAAUGCAUUACGGCCGUCUCAAGUAUUCAGCGUGUCUUGCAAGUGCGCCAAACAUUCGACGGUGGUGCCUGCAAGGCGCAAGCAACGGACUGCGAAGUCUGAAGGACUUCCUCAACACGGAUGGGUCCUGGCCGACCCAAGCCAUGUUUAUCUCGCGCAUGUCCCAAGGAAACCCAGCAGCUCGAGUACGCCUCAACGCAGCCCGCGGCCGAAUGGAGUUCCGACUUCAAGAUCCAACCGACGCACUUCGCAUCAACGUGCUUGCGCAACUGGCAAAACUCAAGCGCCAGCGCCCGUACAACACACUCUGGCUCAA